UAUGAGUUGCGUCCAUAGAUUUGAUUCGCCCUUUGUGGGCAAUGGACGUAAAUUACAGGUCAUACAGUCCUAGAUUGAUUCUACCUUGGUUGGUGGUAGCCUGUUGCUGGGCAGGCAAGCGUCCAAGGAUCCCCAGAGACUACACUAUUAACGUUGCUUAACAGUAAUAGAUGGAUAUGCAUCUGACUCUUAUCUUGCUUUUUUUAUCGACAAAUGCGCUGUUAUUUCACAGUCAGAGCUGGCGCGCGUACAGGUUGCAUGAAGUCAAACAGCUACAACGUUACGGAUUUAUUUUCUCCCACACGCAGCCCCGGAAGCAGAAAUAUACCCUACUUGGGUUUUGUUUUGUUUGUUAGUGUCUGGAGUUGGAGAAGAGGUACAGCGUGCAUGGGGAGUUGUACCUUGGGAAUGGAAGAUGAACAUAUUUCUCUGAAUGUGUGUACGUGUGAAAUGCCGCGUUUUGUCAGCAGAUAUGACGAAGAGACAGUCUGCAAUCCAGCAGAAAUGCUUGAUAAAGUUGAGACAUCAGGCACAGAUUUUAUUCAAGAUGUCAGGGAAACAAAGAUCCAAACACCAGACGGUGACGGGAUUUUGGAGACGCACACACACAGGGUUGAGAGGACGGGUAGUAAAGAAAAUGUUGAGGGAUACAGUUUCAGAAAACCGACUGCAGUGGAUAUUUUGAGGAGGAAUUUCGGGACGACGAGAUCCCCUACGAAUUUCAAAAACAAUUCAGCAGAUGACCAAAAACACCCAGAGGAUGCCAUGGUAGAAAUAGUUUUAAAUGAACGAAUUGAUCAUGUGGACCUUGAAAAGUCAAGUGGCAGUGAAACGAAUGUAAAAGAGCAAAUCGCAGAUCACACAGAGGGAUUAACGUCAUCCGAUUUGAAUGAAGUUGAUGUAACAGAUUCUGACGAUAUUUGUGAACGUAGCAGGGUUGACGACGAUGUCGUACAGUUAAAGGAACAUGUUUACUGUACUGUAUACUGUAUUGCAAACGAUAACUACAGGAAACCGGCUGACAAUACCGGAGAACACCAAUAUAAUGGGGCGAUAACUCCGUCAAUAUCAAACGUCAUUACAAAGUCAUCCACAGAUUUGCGGCAGCAGAGCAAUUUGGAAAUGGGCCACCACACCGUUUCCGAUCCAUAUACGCUACCGAACCUGAUUGAUCCUAGAACUCUGAGCAACUUUUACAACGGGGAUUACAAUGAAUCAGUUGUUUUGGCAUGUCGCAUCUGUCUGGACGACACACACAUAAAGCCGUUAUUUUGUUGCAAGAAGGCUGUCUGUGAGGAAUGCCUGAAAAUAUACAUCAUUUCACAGGUCAGGGUGGGCAGAACGGACAUAGUGUGCCCCAUCACGGAGUGCAGUGGUUACCUGAAGGAGAGCCUGGUGGUGUCCCACCUGGGCAGCGAGGAAGUGGCCAAAUACAAAUACUUCCUGGAGCUGAGCCAGAUUGAUUCUAGCACCAAACCCUGUCCCCAGUGCAGCCAGUUCACCUCGCUGAAAGGACACACCCCCAGCAGGGCAGAGCACAAAUACAAGAUCCAGUGCACAAAGUGCCAGUUUGUGUGGUGCUUCAAAUGCCAUGCCCCCUGGCACGAGGACCUGAAGUGCCGGGACUACAGGAAGGGGGACAAGCUGCUGCGUCAUUGGGCCAGCAUCAUCGAGCAUGGCCAGAGGAACGCCCAGAAGUGCCCCCACUGCAAGAUCCACAUUCAGAGGACGGAGGGCUGCGAUCACAUGAACUGCACCCAGUGCAGCACCAACUUCUGCUACCGCUGUGGGGAGAAGUACCGCCACUUGCGAUUCUUCGGGGAUCACACAUCCAACCUCAGCGUGUUCGGCUGCAAGUACCGCUACCUUCCUGAGAAGCCCCACCUCCGCCGGCUGGUCCGGGGGUCCGUGUGUGUGAGUAAAGUGGUGGUGGCCCCUGUUGUCAUAGUCCUGGUGGUGGUUGUCGGAGCAGUAUCCAUGGUCAUAGGACUCGUGGCCUUUCCUAUCUUCUACAUCUGUAAGAAGAGACGGCAGCGCACCCAGUGUACUGGCCGUUGGCACUGAGCUGAGGACCAUGGCAGUGUGGUCAGGACCCUGCUCCAGAUACAAAGCCCAGGGAGGGGACACAGGGAUUUGGGGGGAGGGUUGGUCUCCAUCCACAGCCUGAGAAGAGCAAUGCUUUACAGUGGCCUUCUCUCUACUGCAUGUCUACCACAACACUGUCUGUGGCUCCUCCUCCAGCCUGUGGAUCUAAAGGCUCACAGAGCAGUCUACUCCUGUUCCGCCCCACUUACCUCCACAGUGUCUGGGCUCCUAUAGCAUGGCUAGUGAAACAGAAACACAUUGUAUAGAAUGGGAAAGAGUUACUGAAGACGUGUGGGUGAGUCUAUCACCAUUCUUUUGCAGACCCUGAGCACCUGCAUAUUUAUGACAUUUUCAGGGAUUUUAUUGUGGAGUGCACAUACAGGUAACUACCAAAAUGAAGGAAAAACUUAAGUAAAUGAGGUAUACAAAGUACAGUGCAUUCAGAAAGUAUUCAGACGCCAUCCCUUUUCCCACGUUUUGUUACGUUACAGCCUUAUUCUAAAAUGGAUUACAUAUAUUUUCCCCCCAUCAAUCUACACACAAUACCCCAUAAUGACAAAGCAGCAUUUUUGCAAAUGUAUAACAAAAAAACAACGUAUACGUUAUUUACAUAAGUAUUCAGACCCUUUGCUCUGAGACUCAAACUUAGCUCAGAUGCAUCCUGUUUCCAUUGAUCACCCGAUGGUCACUCUGACAGAGCUCCAGUGUUCGUCUGUGGAGAUGGGAGAACCUUCUAGAAGAAGAACCUUCUGCAGCACUCAACCAAUCAGGCCUUUAUGGAAAAGUGGCCAGACGGAGGCCACUCCUCAUUAAAAGGCACAUGACAGCCCGCUUGGAGUUUGCCAAAAGGCACCUAAAGGACUUUCAGACCAUGAGAAACAACAUUCUCUGGUCUGAUAAAAUCAAGAUGGAACUAUUUGGCCUGAAUGCCCAGCGUCACGUCUGGAGGAAACCUGGCAUCAUACCUACGAUGAAGCAUGGUGGUGGCAGCAUCAUGCUGUGGGGAUGUUUUUCAGCGUCAGGGACUGGGAGACUAGUCAGGGUUGAGAGAAAUAUGAACAGAGCAAAGUACAGAGAGAUCUUUGAUGAAAACCUGCUCCAGAGCAAUCAGUACCUCGGACUGGGGCGAAGGUUCACCUUCCAACGGGACACCGACUGUAAGCACACAGCCAAGACAAUUGCAGGAGAGUCCGGACAAGUCUCUGAAUGUCCUUGAGUGGCCCAGCCUGAAAAUAGCUGUAAUGUAAUGCUGAAAAUGCUCCCGAUCCAACCUGACAACCUGACAGAGCUUGAGAGGAUCUGCAGAGAAGAAUGGGAGAAACUCCCCAAAUACAGGUGUGCCAAGCUUGUAGCGUCAUACCCACGAACACUCAAUCGCUGCCAAAAUGCUUCAACAAAGUACUGAGUAAAGGGUCUGUAUACUUAUGUAAAUGUGAUAUUUCAUAGCAAAAAUGUUCUAAAGACCUUUUCUUUCUGUCAUUAUGGGGUAUUGUGUGUAGAUUGAUGAAGUGGAAAAUACUAUUUAAUCUAUAACAUAACAUAACUAAAUGUGGAAAAAGUCAGGGGCCUGAAUACCUUCCGAAUGCACUGAAUAUAGAAACCAGGUGCUUCCACACAGGUUUGUGCUGAACGGUUAGAACUUUUUGAAGUUGGGUUGGUUUCUGUUCGGUUUUUGAAAAAUAAUCACUGUUUUCUAUUUAUAUUUGUGUGGGUGGGGUAUGUGGGUUGAAUGCAGUAACACAACCUUUAAUCAAAUCAAAUGUAUUUAUAUAGCCCUUCUUACAUCAGCUGAUAUCUCAAAGUUCUGUACAGAAACUCAGCCUAAAACCCCAAACAGCAAGCAAUGCAGGUGUAGAAGUACGGUGGCUAGGAAAAACUCCCUAGAAAGGCCAAAACCUAGGAAGAAACCUAGAGAGGAACCAGGCUAUGAGGGGUGGCCAGUCCUUUUCUCACUGUGCCGGGUGGAGAUUAUGACAGAACAUGGCCAAGAUGUUCAAAUGUUCCUAAAUGACCAGCAUGGUCAAAUAAUAAUAAUCACAGUAGUUGUCGAGGGUGCAACAGGUCAGAACCACAGGAGUAAAUGUCAGUUGGCUUUUCAUAGCCGAUCAUUGAGAGUAUCUCUUCCGCUCCUGCUGUCUCUAGCGAGUUGAUAACAGCAGGUCUGGGACAGGUAGCACGUCCGGUGAACAGCUCAGGGUUCCAUAGCCACAGGCAGAACAGUUGAAACUGGAGCAGUAGCACGGCCAGGUGGACUGGGGACAGCAAGGAGUCAUCAUGCCAGGUAGUCCUGAGGCAUGGUCCUAGGGCUCAGGUCCUCCGAGAGACAGAAAGAAAGAGAGAAUUAGAGAGAGCAUACUUAAAUUCACACAGGACACCGGAUAAGACAGGAGAAGUACUCCAGAUAUAACAGACUGACCCUAGCCCCCCGACACAUAAACUACUGCAGCAUAAAUAAUGGAGGCUGAGACAGGAGGGGUCAGGAGACACUGUGGCCCCAUCUGAUGAUACCCCCGGACAGGGCCAAACAGGCAGGAUAUAACCCCACCCACUUUGCCAAUGCACAGCCCCCACACCACUAGAGGGAUAUUUUCAACCACCAACUUACCAUCCUGAGACAAGGCCGAGUAUAGCCCACAAACAGGAAGAUCACGUCAGCGACUCAACCCACUCAAGUGACGCACCCCUCCUAGGGACGGCAUGAAAGAGCACCAGUAAGCCAGUGACUCAGCCCCUGUACUAGGGUUAGAGGCAGAGAAUCCCAGUGGAGAGAGGGGAACCGGUCAGGCAGAGACAGCAAGGGUGGUUCGUUGCUCCAGAGCCUUUCCGUUCACUUUCACACUCCUGGGCCAGACUACACUUAAUCAUAUGACCUACUGAAGAGAUGAGUCUUCAGUAAAGACUUAAAGGUUGAGACCGAGUCUGCGUCUCUCCCAUGGGUAGGCAGACCAUUCCAUAAAAAUGGAGCUCUAUAGGAGAAAGCCCUGCCUCCAGCUGUUUGCUUAGAAAUUCUAGGGACAAUUAGGAGGCCUGCGUCUUGUGACCGUAGCGUACGUGUCGGUAUGUACGGCAGGACCAAAUCGGAAAGAUAAGUAGGAGCAAGCCCAUGUAAUGCUUUGUAGGUUAGCAGUUAAACCUUGAAAUCAGUCCUUGCCUUAACAGGAAGCCAGUGUAGGGAGGCUGGCACUGGAGUAAUAUAAUAAAAAUUGUUGGUUCUAGUCAGGAUUCUAGCAGCCGUAUUUAGCACUAACUGAAGUUUAUUUAGUGCUUUAUCCGGGUAGCUGGAAAGUAGAGCAUUGCAGUAGUCUAACGUAGACGUAACAAAAGCAUGGAUACAUUUUUCUGAAUCAUUUUUGGACAGAAAGUUUCUGAUUUUUGUAAUGUUACGUAGAUGGAAAAAAGCUGUCGUUGAAACAGUCUUGAUAUGUUUGUCAAAAAGAGAGAUCAGGGUCCUUUAUUCCACCAUCCUUUAUUCACAUUACUAUAAUACAAUAUUUCAGUUGUGUAUAAACAUUCUGGUCAUUAUAGUUAAUUACCGUGCUUUCUGCACUUAAAGAUGAUGAAUUUUGACCUGUGGAAAACUACACCUGUCUAUAACUUCCCACAGUUCAUGCUUGAUUUGCGCAUUGAGCUUGCAGAAAGAAAAAAAAAACGAAAUGAAAUUCUAAUAAUUGAACCGAUUUUCGGUCAAUUAGUUGUCUAAAAAAACGAAAUUAAAUGGAAAUGUCAGCUAAUCGCCCAGAACUAACACAGGUGUGGUUCCUGAGUUAAUUAAGCAAUUAACAUCCCUUCAUGCUUUGGGUAAAAAAAUGCCCAGUGCACAAUAUUAUUUUGGCUACCAUGGCUAGAAGAAGAGAUUUUUGUGACCUUGAAAGAGGCUCUCAAAGGAGCAUAGGGGGUGUAAAGGGUGUGUGUGUGUGUGUGUGUCAGUCAGUCACCAGAUCUCAACCUUAUUGAACACUUAUGGAACAUUUUGGAGCGACGCCUGAGACAACGUUUUCCACCAAAUCAUGGAAUUUAAUUGUGGAAAAAUGGUGUCGCCCAACGCCCUAUUCAGACUCUAUGUUGGUGUUUCCUUUAUUUUGGCAGUUACCUGUAGAUAGUUACACACAACAAGCAAUUGAUUUGUAAAUUUUUUAUGACCAUUCCCUAACUGCCCUGUAAGUGGUGCUUGUGUUUUAGGUUCCAUUCCAUACACAUACACACGUUCAGCCACUUCCAUCCCUGCCAACCGCAGAGUGCUGUACCCAUACACACACUGGUAUUUGCAUCGUCAACAAAAUACAUUUGUUUUUUUCAUGUUGGGAAAAAGCGCUGUUGAAAUAACUCCUGUUUGAUGCCCAGUAACGAUGCCGCAAUAUAUGUGUUUGUUUUGAAAAUGUACAUUUGACACAUUUUCUGCCUCCUUCAAUGGUCAAUAUCAGAUGUCUGCUGUGAGAAUAUAUCUAAAACCCAUUCAAUUAAAACAUGGAUGUCUAUGGAGGACGGACAGAGAGAUGUACAGUAAGAUCUAUGAUAGAGAAGCCAUGGUUUUGUUAUUUACUCUGAGGAGCCUAUUUAAGGAACUCACUUUCAAGCUCAACUAGAUUGCAUGAAACAAUCACUUUCCCAUAGUCGUCCAUUAUUUAAAUCUAGUUGGAAGUGUCAUACAGUACAUGCUAUAUGUUUAUGAAUGUGUCUAUGACGUUCAUAUUAGUCAUGUCGGGGGUUUCUGUUCACAUCAAAUGUAUAAGCACGGUGUCUUGAUAUCAUUAAUAAUAAACCAUAGUCCAUUCUCAAUUUGAAUUUGAAACACUGAUUACAAUAGGGCAUGUUUAAUUAAACUUUCUCUCUAAUUCAAUUUGGGCACAACAUCAGUAAAUUAAAAAAAUAAAUAAUAAUUGUAUCACAGCUGACAAUCAAAUGUCUCUUAGACUUUUUUCCAGUGGCCUUUGAUGUAAGUACCCUUUUGAAAGGCACACAAUGGGCCUGGAUCUGUGCCAGUGAAUAGUGGAUUCUCUGCAGCUUUAAAGGUUGUAACUUGGCAACAGUGGGCCUGUCCACCUCUCCCCUAUCUACCCAAUCUUCUCACCAUGGCCACUGUAUUUAUCAGACAUUCAGACACUGCAUUGAUUCAUGUGUUAUUAAUACCACAUAAUAUGGUGAGGAUGAUGAUGGAGAUGGAUGAAAGCUUGGUUACUACUUCACUCUAGUUACUGUGAGUUACCACAAUGUCAAAGGUCAUGAACAGAAUUUGAAAUCUAUGAGGCUUUUGUAAUUGUUCUCAGGGAGCAUUCUGUUCACGUUCUCCACUGCUGUCUUUCCCUGCAUGCCCCUUUAGCUCCACUGUGCUACAUGAUCAAAGCCUGACACACAAAUGGUUUGUUUUUGUUUUUUAAGGAUUUUAAAGAUAUAGCUUACCAGAAACCAGGUAUGAUAUCACCAUUGUUCUCAUCAAGUAAUCACCUGGAUAUAAUAUAUUAAAAUGCCAUUGUUUGAUGACACUUUUAGUGUAUACAUGUUACCUUUUAACCUGACACAUUGAAUUGACAUCUGGGCAGGUGGGUGAUUCACCUCUGAUGUCUGAACUUGCCCAGGGGCUUAUCGGCUGGCUGAAGUCCCUAUUAAAGCCAUUGAGGUGUUGUUACCAUAAAGAUUACCUGGUGCCUUUACAAAGAUUAUUGAUAUAUGCUUGAUCUCCAAGAAGUGUUACUCCUGACUUUAAAGAGAAUCUCAUCUCUGCUCCAAAAAGGUCUGUAGCUUGCACAACUGAAAUUGUCAAUUUCUCCUGAUCUAGAUAUAAAUUAUCUAGUAGUUUAAACUAAAGCUACAACAACACAGAUAGUAGUUUUUCAUGUAUUGGUUGGUUUAUGAAAAUCAAAUGCACAGAUUUGUAUUCUACUUUUGUUUGUGGGUCUUCGAUGCUGCUGCACCACUAUCUUCUCAGUUCGUGUAAUUCAUGUUUUGCAGAAAAGGAAUGUAUGUUUUUAUCAGAUGGAAUUGUGGAGUUAUUAAACAGUGAUGGUUGAAAUGCCAAAAACAUC